AUGCCUCCAGCCAGACGCUCCACCCGCACCUCAUCCUCCUCCAACGCCGCCCCAUACUCCCGUACUAACCGACGCGCCAGUCCCUCCUCGUCGCGCCCUUCGGCAUCCAUAGCACGGCCAGCCAACGGCAAGACCUCCCUCCGCCUCACCGUCAAAGCAGCACCCAGCAAGCUCCGUCAAGCAACGUCCGGGUCCGCGCCUAUACCUCCCAAUCCAUAUGCCGACAACCCGAGCGAGAGCGAUGCUACCCCAGCGCCGGCAACACGAACUGCUCGCACGACCAGGAAUCCGCGGACUGUAGUGGAGCCGGAAUCGGACGAGGACGAGGAUGAAGAUGCCGCUGGGGAGAAUGAGAGGCAAGAUCGGGAUGAGGAUAUGGAGGAUGUAGAUCAGGAGAUAUUGGCGAACGAGGACAGCGAGGAUGACGACGAAGAUGCAGAGGGAGAAGAUGAUGAGGAAGAUGUGGACGACCAUCCUCCACCUCCGAUCAUCAAGCAGAAUCACCCGUCAGGCCAGGUCAAGCCGAAUGUCACAGUCACAGCUCCCCAAGAAGGACCAAUGAAGUCAGUGGAGGACAAAGAAAUGGACGACGAUGACGAGGAAUUAUCUGAACUCGACUCGAACGAGGAUGCAGAAGGCGAGGAGGACGAGGAAGAAGACGACAGCGACGAGGACGAAGACAAUUCUCGCAGCGCGACUCCCGAUCUCAGCAAGCUCACUCGGCGACAGCGAGGUGUCUACGAAGAAGAGCCAGAAUCCAGCCUCAUGGCUCUUUCAAACGAAGCGCAGAAGAAGAAGCACCUUACCGAUGCAGAGCAGGACAUGCGGCGCCAGGAGAUGGCGAGGCGACGGAAGAAUCUGUCUGAGAAGCGGAAUGAGGAGGAGAAGAUGGACACCAUAAACAAACUCCUCAAGAAGCCCGCUCCCAAACGCCGUACCAGAGCCGAGAUCAUCGCACAGCAGCACGCUGAUGCGAUGGCGACGCCUGGAGCAGAAGAUGGCGAGGAGGAGCGGCCGGAUCCGCUGUAUGUGCGGUGGGUCAACACGAAGGAGGGGAGUAGGAUUGGGGUGCCGGAGGAGUGGUUGGAAGCGCCGGUGGGGGAGAUGUUUAGUAGACCUGUUGCAUCGCUGGGGUCUGGACGUAUGGUGGAGGAGGUUGCGUAG